CCUCUCCCUUUCUCUCUCUCCUAAGGCGGUUUUCCAGCUAAAAAGGCACGUUUAAAGAGCUAAACGCUGUAUCGACGAACUCUGGCUGCCGGCAGAAUUCGGAUAUUAUAAUACUCCAACGACUUGGAACAGUAUUUUUUAUUUAAUAGGUCGUAGCGGCGAGUAAAAAAACAGAACAAAAGAAAUGGCGGAUACGAGUCAGCAGGAACUUUCAGAACCUCAUACAAACGGGGCAAUGGACGGGCUUACGGAGGAAGAAAAAAGCAAAAUAAGGCCCGCGGACAUUGAUGCUGAUAUGAGAGAAAUGGAAAGGAGAAAGAGAGUCGAAAUGAUGAUGAAUUCGCGAUUAUUCAGGGAAGAAUUGGAACGUAUAAUUGAGACGCAAAUGAAAGACGGCGCUGGACCAUCCGGUUUGUUACAACAGAUCUCCGAUAUGAUGGGUGCUCAAGGAGCACGUUUCAACGGAAAUGUAUUUAAAAAUUCGAAUUGCGUGGUGCCUAUAAAUGAUAUUCGCGGUGUCGAAAGCAUGGGUUAUGCCAAAGGUGAAAAAUUGUUGCGUUGUAAACUCGCCGCCGUAUUCAGAUUACUCGAUUUAUACGGAUGGACGCAAAAUGUUGGUGGUCAAAUGACGGCACGUUUGAAUCAGGAUCAAGAACAUUUUUUGGUUAAUCCUUAUGGAUUGCUCUAUCAUGAAAUAACGGCUUCUAGUUUGAUUAAGGUCGACAUGCAGGGUUCCGUAGUGGAACAAGGAACAACAAAUUUUGGUAUACACAUUACCGGAUUUCAAUUACAUUCUACGAUACAUGCUGCUCGACCUGACAUCAAAUGCAUCGUUCAUAUAUCUACUCCGUCCGUUACUGCUAUUUCUUCCUUAAAAUGUGGUUUACUGCCAAUCGGACAAGAAAGUAUCGUUAUUGGUGAGGUUAGCACGCAUCAUUAUGUUGGUGGAAUGCUUGAUCCGGAAGAAAGAGAGAAAAUUACUAGAAACCUUGGUCCUAUUAACAAAGUAAUGCUUUUAACCAAUCGUGGUGCGCUUUGUUGUGGUGAAACAGUGGAAGAAGCUUUUUACAAUGUAUACAAUACCGUAUUGGCCUGUGAAACGCAGUUGAAACUUAUGCCAGCUGGUUUAGACAAUUUAAAUCUCAUUUCGGAAGAAUCGAAGAAAACGAUCUUCGAAGCAUCAAGAAAGCCUCCAAUUCCUCAGCAUACUUCAGCACCAGAAUCUACAGUGAUAACAGAGAAAUUAGAAAAACGUUGGAGAAUAGGUGGAACGGAAUUUGAAGCGCUUAUGAGAAUGCUCGAUAACGCUGGUUUUCGUACAGGUUAUAUAUAUAGAAAUCCACUUGUAAAAGGAGAGCCUCCAAAACCUCGAAACGACGUGGAGGUACCACCAGCAGUUUCAUCUUUAGGAUAUUUGCUCGAAGAGGAAGAAUUGUACAAGCAGGGGCUUUGGAAAGGUGGUCGUAAAGGUACAGAUAGGUCACGUUGGUUAAACUCACCGAAUGUGUAUCAAAAGGUGGAGAUUUUGGAAACUGGUACUCCUGAUCCGAAGAAGAUUACAAAGUGGGUGUCCGAUGGAUCUCCGACCCAUAGCAGUACUCCGGUGAAGAUCGAUGGUGCUCUCCAGUUUGUACCUAAAAACACUAAUCCGAAAGAAUUCAAACAAAUACAACAGCAGAUAAAAGACUAUCGUAGAGCAGAUAAAAUAUCGGCUGGACCACAAUCGCACAUAUUGGAAGGUGUUACGUGGGAAGAAGCGAAAAAAAUGCAGGACGCUACGAUCAGUGGUACCGGAGAGCAAGUCGUUCUCGUAGGAGCAGCCAGUAAAGGUAUCAUACAAAGAGGAUUUCAACAUAACGCAAUGGUUUACAAAACACCUUACGCAAAGAAUCCAUUUGACGCCAUUACGGAUCAGGAAUUAGAUCAGUAUAAGAAGGAGGUAGAGCGCAAGCAGAAGGGUGAUCCUUAUGACGAGUCACAGUCAGAAUCGGAGGCAUUGUCGUCAUUCAACAUCAGUCGUGCAACACACGAAUCUAGCACUGCCAAGAGUCCGAUUCAGUCACCGGUCUCUGUUACGUCUGAGACCGAGGAAGAGAGUAGAGACGAACCACGAGUUUUACGGAUAGAAACGAAACAAGUGCCUGCGCCCAGUCAGCCAGAAGUCGUUCUAAGUGACGCAUAUGCGACUACAGAGUUCCUCAAUGAAAUGCGACGUGCUGCGAUCGAAGCAGAAAGUGAUAUUAGCAGGCAAGGAGAAAAUACCGUAAACGGCGAUCACUCGGACGCCCAUCACAGUACAUUUUCUCAAAGUAGCAAGGAGGGUUCCAUGUCGCAGGACGUGAGCGUUAGCGAGGAAUCGCCGAAGAAGGAGAAAAAGAAGAAGAAGGGCCUUAGGACGCCGUCGUUUCUUAAGAAGAAAAAGGAAAAGAAGAAGUCGGUCGAGGCGUAGGUAGCCAUAACGAAGACACUGCCACGAAGAAAAACUUACCGUUAAUACGAAGAAGCGAACACGAAUUUUUUUCCGAGCGAAGCACGAAAUGUUGUAAAUCAAUAGGAAGGAGCAUGGAAACCCGAAGGCAGGACGACCAAUAAUAUAAAUGAUCAGAGGCCGAGAGAGAGAGAGAGAGAGAGAGAGAGAGAGAGAGAGAGAGAGAGAGAGAGAGAGAGAGAGAGAGAGAGAGAGAGAGAACGAUACAUAUAUGUUGGAAUGAAAAAAGAAAUGAAAAGAAAAGAAAAGAAAACAAAAUAGAAAAAAAAAAUCAAAGCGGCCGAACAAUAAAUCACAGCAUCUUUCCAGGAUACAAGACUGCCAUCGCAUUGCAUCUACGAUAAGGAAUCUAUAAUAGUACCGUUGUGUGUGUGUGUGUGACAUUUUUACGUUUUUAAUUUUUUAAGCAUCGCACACCAGUGUAUUCUAUUAGCUAAUACUUGAUUCCGUCUCUCCCCCAUUCCCUUCUUGAUAUAACAUAUAUAAGUAGUACAUCCUUAAAGGCCAUUUCGAAGGUGCAUUAAACAGGGAUCAGAAAGAUUUUUUCUUACAAAACAAAAAAAUAAAGAACGAACAGAGAGAGAGAGAGAGAGAGAGAGAGAGAGAGAGAGAGAGAGAGAGAGAGAGAGAGAGAGAGAAAAGAAAAGAGAAAAGUUUAUUCAAAAAAAAAAAAGGAUAACAAAAUCGCACGUGUACGCGUCCGCAGGAAAAGGGAGGGGAGAGGGUGGUAAGACGGUAACAAUUACCUCCUUCUUUCUACGUCGCCACGAAUCAAAUUAAUGUUUUUCUUUUCCCCCCGUAGUAUUUUAUUUUAUUUUAUUUUAUUUUAUUUUAUUUCAUUUUAUUUUUUUUCUUUUCUUUUUUUUUUUUUUCGUUUGCCCAUGCAAAACGAGCUUGUACCUUUAACCUGUUAACCGAUGACGACGAUCAUAACUCGUCAGAAAUUUUUUUUUAACGAUAGUACGUAAUACAUACAAAAAAAACAAGAAAUAAUAAUAAUUAUUAUAAUAAUAAUAAAUAUAAAUAAAUAUAUAUCAUUCGUUAUUUUUCUAAUUUUCUUUUUUCUUGUUUCGUUUUUUUUUUCACUUUCCAUUAAUCGCAUCUACAUUGAUAAUCAUUUUUAUGUUUUAUUAUGUAUUGAACGAAUUUAAAAGAAAGAUCCCUUUAAUCGAUAUCGUUAUAUUUUAAUCGAAUAAAAAGUUAUAUCGUGUAUAUAUAAUUUACACGUUUUUAUUUACAAUCUCUGACAAAUUUUACGAUUAACAGGUUAAAGGAGUCACUAUCAUAUAUAUACACACAUAUAUAUAUACAUAUACAUAGAAUCAUAUUACGAAAGUAUGUUUCGUAAAAGUCGUGUAAUUUUUUCUUUUCUUUAUCGUAUCGGACUUCUCUUAUCGACGACCAAUACGACAUAACAAUACAUUUCGCCAAAGACGGCCCUAGUCAUAUUCUUUACUCGUCUUUGUCGAAGACACCAAUGACAGCUUGUGCCGAUCUUUGCGCUUUCGAAUUCUCGGCCCGAGCAUCUACUAUCCUCUUUUUACAUACAUAUAUACAUAGAUACAUACAUACAUAUAUACAUAAAUAUACAUGAAAACGAAUUAAAGAGAACUAUAAAAACUGUUGCUUGUUAAACAAAAAUCGAUACUAUGAAUGUAUCUUCUCAAGUCGUUUAUAACGUCGAUCAUGAGGAGGCGGGAGGUGGGGGAAAAGAAAGAAAAAAAAAAAGAAAAUUAACAGAGAAUCGCAAUGGCUCGUGAACUCGACUCUUAACUUUUGUAUUUUUGUUUUCUUUUUUUGUUUGUUUGUUUGUUUUUUCUUUCUAAUUGUCUACGAAAAAAGAGAAUUAACGAUAAUCGUCAUCGUCAUUCGUCAUCGUCAUCAUCGGAUUGUAACUCUCGACGCGUUUGAACAAAUCGAUUUAAAAGAAAAAAAAAGUAUCUUCAUAUCUAAUUUAAUUAUUUAUCGGUGAGUGUUAUUGAAAGAAGAUUUUUCUUAUCGACGAGGUUUUCGAUAGAAGAGGACCGAACGAUUUUUUUUUUUUUUUAAAUCUGUCUUUCUCUUUUCUUUCUUCCUAUCCUUUCUUUCUGCGCAUUUAUCCUUUGACGACGAAUUAACUCUGUCGAAAGAAAAACAAAAAAAAAGGAAAAGAAUAAUAAAGAAAAGAACAGAAGAAACGGAAGAAAAAGAAAAAAAGUGGAAAAGAAAAAAGAAAGAAAGUGUUUUAUUGGACUACGUUCUUUUCUCUUCAUUCGUACAAAUCGAUUUUAUUUUCUCUCCAUUUAUUGUCGCUCGAUAUCAUAACACAACGAUAAGAUGGAAUCGCGUGUUUAACAAUGCGUUUUAAUACGAUGAGGCGAGUAUAGAUUAAACGAAUGAUUAUGGAGAGAGAGCGAGAGAGAGAGAGAGAGAGAGAGAGAGAGAGAGAGAGAGAGAGAGAGAGAGAGAGAGAGAGAGAGAGUUUGUUAAAGUGGCAGGGUCGUGUAUUAAUUAUAAAAGCAUGUGCAAAUAUAUUAAAGGCGUUCGUCGUUGUUCGCAUAAACGCGAAAGCAUUAACGACGGAGCUAAGCUGUAAGCUGUUAUUAAGUUAUUAUGAGCUAGAAUAAUGUAAUUUUGAUUAUUCGAUCGAGGAUACACAUUUACAUUUAAGAGAUACUGUAAAUUAAUUCAAUUUUAUAAGACCAAAACUUAUACAUAUAUAUAUACAUAUAUACAUAUACAUACAUACAUAUAUAUGUACAUAUAUAAACAUAUAUAUAUACGUAUAUGUAUAUGUAUAUGUAUAUUAACCUCUUACAAACUUAUUUGCAAGUUGAUUAUUAUAUGAAAAUAUAGACGGAGUCACUUAGCAGCGAGAAAAGUCUUCUACUGCCAGACGUAGAUUACAUAUUUUCCCGAGCGGGCGAUUCUGUUUGUUUUCUUUAUUAUAGUUUUAACAUAAAAGUCGAUAUUUCUAAGAGUCGAAUUUAUUAUGAGAGAUCGGUCGUGUUGUUUCGCGGCGUUAUACGUCUUUUUUUUCUUUUUAUUAUUUUUUAAAUAUUAUUAUUAUUAUUAUUAUUAUUAUUAUUAUUAUUAUUAUUAUUAUUAUUAUUAUUAUUAUUAUUAUUAUUAUUAUUAUUAUUAUUAUUAUUAUUAUGUUUACUAUAUUAUUAAUUUUCGCUUAUUUGUAAAGGUACACUGUUCAUCGCGUUUUACCCCCGCUCUUUUUAUAGGCUACAACAACGUAUAAUAAGUUUUACAAAUUUAGAAUUGACAAGGCUUAUGUAUUACGAGCAUUGUGAAGGCUUAGAUGUUAUGUGCAGUAUUACGAAUUAUUUCCGAAUUGUUUACAAGAUAUAUAUGAUAUAUAUAUAUAUAUAUAUAUAUAUAUAUAUAUAUAUAUACACACAUAUAUACAUAUAUUGCUAUUUUGUAAAUCUGUAUUGGGACAUGAUUUCUGAUUGAGAACGAUUACAACAAGUUAACGAAGAACAAGGCAUUGAAUUCCUGUCUCAAUAUGGUAUCAUUUUAAACGAUAUCAACACGACGAAACGGAAUAUAUAUAUAUAUAUACAUACAUACACACAAACAAACAAACAUAUAUAUAUAUAUAUAUAAUACUUUGUAUAUGAUAUUUUACCUCGAGCCGAACAUUGAAAUGUAUAUCAAUUUGAACGAAACGAAAAGUGAUCUUGAAAAAUUUUUGGUUUAGAUACAUACAUACAUAUAUACAUACAUGCAUAUAUACGUGAAUACGCGCAUCCAAAUUAUUCUUCGUUAGGAGGGCAUUAAAUGAAUAAAUUAUUUACGAAAAGUGCGUAUUAGGUUUGUAUAAUAAGUGUGUUGCGCAGGCUAUUCGUGAUUAUACGCGCUUUCUCCUCCUCCCCCUCGCCGCUAUCGCUGCCAGCCCUUUCACUCCUCUACCUGCUCAAACGUGGAUAUUUUUCUCCACGUAUUUAUGCCCUUCGCAAAAUAGUAAGAUACGAAAUUAUCGUGAAAUAAUAUCAUUAUUUAGUUGAUAUAUAAGAUUAAUAGAGAAGUUGAGAGAUAAUGGAUACGUCAAUUUUCGAUUAAACGAGACAUUUAAAUGAUUAUCAUACUUACGAUGUAAAUCAUUAUAUUUUAUAUGCGCUCCGUUUUUGUUUUUCUCUCUUUUUCAUUUUUCUUUCUUUUUUUUUUUUCUUUCUCCUCUAAGCACAAACAAGUCCGAAAUGUACUUACUUAUUUACGGCAAUGAAGUUAAACUAAUGAAAUCAUUCUAAUGAAGAAUCGCAAAAGAGAGAAUGCAAACACGUAGGUUGUACGUACUGUUAUAGUGUUCAAUGAUUCUAUGUUUAAAAAAAAGAAAAAGAAAAAAAAGUAAAGAGAAAAGAAAAAAACUUCGUAAGAUUUAUAAAAAAAAAAAACAAAAAGAAAAGAAAAGAAAGAAGACGCGAAAAGAAUAUCAAAUGAAAUUAUAACACGUAAUCGAAUCUGGUAGUAGAGAUUAUCAAAGGUUCUUAAACGCACGUUAUUUACGAAUAAGAUGCAAAGAAUUAUUAAUAAUUUGACGAUGUCAAAUCCAACGCAAUUUUUAUUAUAUUAAUAAUUAUUAUGGGAAUACCAAAUUGAAUUGAGAGUACCAAUUUUGGGCUUCCGUAAAAGAUAUUUCAUUUCAGGAGGCCGCUAUUGCCGCCAUUUAUUGCCAUCAGACGACGGACGAUUAUACGCACCUACACGCAUGAGAUUCAUACAAAAAGUCCGAUAUACACGAUUUAUAAGAUGUAAUUCCUGUAAUUAACGGAAUUUAAUUAAAUAUAACAGCUGCUGUUAUACUGCCUAACAAUAAGUAAAGAAGGAAAGAAAGAAAGAAAGAAAGAAAAAAGAAAAAAGCACUGUACCGAUGAAAGAAAGAA